AUGGCUUCCUCAAAGCGUAAUCAUGGUCAAAGCGGCCAUGCAGACUCUGUCAAACAACGACGGAAAACUUCGGCUAAACAUCUCGCUCCGCCAUCGUUGCCUGGACAACCGUCGAGCACUGAUGCGCCACCGUCUGGCUCUACCACUACGACAGACAAUCAUGUUUCCAGCUCUUCUUCCCCUAGCUACCGUCCACCUCCAAUAUUACCAAAAUCGACACCGUCUGUCCCGGUUUCGCAUCCAGUCAUUUCGGCUUUCUCCCCCUCCCUUGUUCAUGUCCAUCCUUACACACACAUUUAUUCUGUACCGUUCCAAAUUGUUCCUAUGGCCUCAUUGUGCCACCCAGCAACGGAGCCACCCAUACCCACGAUUUCUGAGAAAAGUGCACACCAAAGAGAACAGGCUCGGAAAUCAUCCCACAGUGCCAUCGAGCGACGUCGACGAGAACGCAUAAAUGACCAAAUAAUGCAGUUGAAGCAGCUUAUUCCUGGAUGCAGCACACAAGUCAAUGCUCAUAAAUUGACUGUCUUGCAACAAGCAAUUGAUUAUAUCAUUUAUCUGCAGUCCAUUCUCAAAGAAUACGAAGAGGAUCAGAAAACGAACCCUGCCGCCAAACCUAUUAACCUGUCAUUGAGCCAAAGCGGUCAUGGGAAGCGUCUACCGCUUGAUGACACUCAACAGAGGAGAGUAACCGCGCCGGUGUCUCCGUCGUUAUCACCAGAAACAAUGACCACAGGUCAGUUCACUACCACUGUACUGCGAUCUGUUCCUGACGAUGAACACGAAAAAAUACCGAGAGAAGCUGAAUUUACGGGAACAAGCUCUGACAAAGUUGGAUUACAAACUACUGGUUCCACUACUACUCUGGAAAUAGACCCUUCUCAAAGCGAAUGGCCAAACACAAGCAUUACACCGAGCUUGGUUGACCAGCAGCGAAACAUGAGGUUAAACAAUCUGCUCUGCUGA